AUGGAGGAUCCAGAAAGCCCGCCUAAUAGACCACCGCCGCCACCUCCUCCAAAAAGGCUCAGCAGACCAAAAAUCACUGUGCAGAUACCAGAUUCAAAUAUUGCUACGACCCCAAAAACUCCAAAAGUACCUCAGACUGCAAUGUACUGGAGUCCAGGUCCUAUGAGAUUUCACGGAAAAGCUCCAGGAACUGCGGGGUCUCGCUUGUCUGAUCCCCAUGGAAACCCGUACUUCAACCCUUUCAUGCACAUGUAUCAGAACAAGGCUUCAGAUUUUAUGUUUAAACAAUUUGAAGGAGUUAAAGACUUUACUAUGACGACAGCAAAAAGUGGAUUGAGUAUUGGAGAAAAAUCGGCGUUUUGGCUGUAUAAUAAAUUAAGAUCGUGGUCGAAGAAAUGGUUCACGCAUUUGUUCUUGACUUUGUGCUUAGUGAUGUACAGUGUUAUGGGUGCUGCGAUUUUUAUGGCUUUGGAAGGCGCACAUGAAGAAAAGUUUGAAAUGAACAUAACUAAAGUGAGACGGGAGUUUGCGAUGAAAAUUGAAAGUGUUUGGCAAGAAGAAACCAUAAGAAAGAAUGAAGCUACAGUAAUCGAGAGCAUUGAAGCCAUCAUGCGAGAUUACGAAGGAACCUAUAUAGAAUGUACCAAGGUGGCCUGCUUCGACAGCAUGGACAAGAAGAAAACAUGGGGAUUCAUGAACGCGAUGUUCUAUGCUGGCACCAUUUAUACUACUAUAGCGCGGCCGCCGCUGCAGCGCUUCUAA